CUGUGCUUCUAUCCCGUGUCAUAACAUUUAAUUUUAACCUAAACUUUUUGGCGGUUAUUUUACCAAGUAAACGUUACUACAAAGAAUUUAUAACAUGUAUAUCAAGAUUCGCAACCUUGCCGCGAAGCCAGGUGAUCCUGAGCUUAUCCUCACAUUAUCCAAAACAUCAAAAAUUCAAGAAAUGCGCAAAAUGAUUGAGAAAGAACUGAAUAUUGGAGUGGAAAGACAACGCUUAUUCUAUAAAGGCAAAUUAUUAAUAGACGACCACGCAUUAUUUGAUUAUGAUGUCCAACUAAAUGAUGUGAUACAACUAAUGGUGAGAGAUAUUCUGCCAGAUUCAAAAACAACCACAGAUAAUCAAGAAAAACCUAAAAUCAAGACAAUACUUGAAGAAGUUGCAAGUGACAGUGAAUAUUAUACAACUGGUGAAAGAGUUGAAAUGCAAGACAUUAAUGGUGCAUGGUUUGAAGCCACAAUUGAGAAGAUAGUGAAGAAUCCAAAUACAGUUGAUGAUAUUAACAUUCCUUCAAAAGAACCAGACUUGCUUUUUAAAUGCUUACAAGAUAACAUAGGAUAUCCAGUGAGAAUUGACUGUACUUUUGAUAUUGUUAGACCAAGAGCAUAUUAUAUCUAUCCAAGAAAAGAGUUAAGUCCUGGCAUGACUGUUUUAGUUAAUUAUAAUGUGGAUGAACCAAAGGAAAGAGGAUACUGGUAUGAUUUCAAAAUAUCAGUUGUGAUGCAGAGAAGUAUUAAAGGCACAUUAUUCUUGGGCAGAGACAGAGCACCAUUAAAAGAUAUUAGUAUUAAGUUGAUUGAUGAAAUUUACAGAAUACAAAAACCUGUUUUAAAUACUAGUAAUGAAAAGGAUGAAGUUCCACAAGACAUUCCAACUAAAAAGAUACCAUUCAAUUGCACAAAGUGUAAAGAUGAUAUUAAUAGAAAAUGCAAAGAGUGUGGUUGCAGAAUUUGUCAUGGAAAAAAUAAUGUUGAGUUGAUUCUGUUAUGUGAUGAAUGUAACAAUGGAUUUCACAUUGGUUGUUUAAAUCCACCUCUAACAGAAAUUCCAGAGGAAGAUGAAUGGUAUUGUCCACAAUGUAAAAUUGAUUGUAAUGAAAUUGUAAAUGCAGGAGACAAGUUGAAGAAAAGUAAUAAAAAGGCAAAAAUGCCAAGCGCCAAUGCAAGUACAUCAAAACGCGACUGGGGAAAGGGCAUGGCUUGUGUAGGUAGAACAAAAGAAUGCACAAUAGCUAAAAAGGAUCAUUUGGGUCCUGUACCAGGAGUGGAAGUUGGAACAUGUUGGUUAUAUCGUCAACAAGUCUCGGAAGCAGGAAUACAUCGACCAUUGGUGGCUGGUAUUCAUGGCAGUGAGAAACACUUUGCAUAUAGUAUAGUACUAAGUGGAGGAUAUGAAGAUGAUUUAGACAAUGGCGACGAAUUUUAUUACACUGGUUCAGGGGGAAGAGAUUUAUCAGGGAACAAACGCGUGAAUGAACAAUCCUGUGAUCAAAAGUUGACGCGCAUGAAUAAAGCACUGGCAAUGAACUGCAAUGCGAAAUUCAAUGAUAAAAUCGGCGCGGAAGCGAAAGAUUGGCGGGCUGGGAAGCCAAUAAGAGUUGUGCGGAAUUACAAAGGUGCUAAGCACUCGAAAUACGCGCCGAAGGAAGGCAAUCGUUAUGAUGGAAUCUAUAAAGUUGUGAAGUAUUAUCCGGAGAAAGGACUUUCUGGUUUCAUUGUUUGGAGAUAUUACUUGAAACGAGAUGAUGACACGCCAGCACCAUGGCAUAAAGGUGGUAAAGAGUAUGAAAUGAUUUACCCUCCAGGCUAUAAAGAAUUACAGGAGAAAAAUAAAAGUAAAGAACAAGAAAAGAAGAAAGGAACUAAAAGAAUACUUGCAGAAAUGACCAAUACACCUUCUAAAAAAGCCAAGGUUGAAGCUUAUGUUCUUCCAGAGGAAUUGAAAAAGUUUAUUAAAUCGGAUUCCGUGAAUGAAAAAUACUGGCAGCAGUGUAAAGAUUCAUUAAAAGAUGGAAAGAUUAAGUUUUAUGAGAAAGUGCAGGACAUUUUUAUUUGCAUUUGCUGCCAGGAAGUUGUUCAUUUACCCAUCACGACUGAAUGUGUUCAUAAUAUUUGUAGGAAUUGUUUGAAGCGUUCGUUUGCUUCUGAAAUCUAUACUUGUCCGUAUUGUCGCGCUGAAUUAGGCAAAGCGUACAAUGGAAAAGUCAAUGAGAAUUUAAGAAGUGCUUUAGUAUUCAUGUUUCCUAAUUAUGAACAAUCUCGUUAAUCUUGUAUUACUUACGAUUCUGUCUUCAAUAAUUUAAUAUAUGGUCUCAUUUUAAUAUUGUA